AUUUAUUUACCGCUACAAGUGGUUAGAAUACCACUUAUAGGACAUUAGCAAAUACCCGAAACAUCAAGAAGUGGGCCCAAAGAAAUCAAACUGCCUAUACAAGUUCGUGACUAAGAUAUUGGAUAUGAGAAGGUUGCCCAAACUGACCUCUAGAUCAUUCUUAAUUCAGGGGUUUUUGGUUUGUAGCGUUAGUGCGGUAUUUUCUUCUGACCUGUCUCAUUGCGCGCACAAUGCUCGCCACUGCAACAUGGUUGUGUCGUAGCCAUCAUGUCUCGAAACUGGCUAACCAACUACACCGCUCAACACCUUUCGUUAAACCGUCUAUAUCAAAUCAUUCUGUUCGAUUGUUUCGCACAUUUCCAGUAGUUAAUAGUUCUAUACGUAGGCGUGUGGGGCGUAUCAAUCUAAAAUCAGGAGCUACGGAGUUUGAACAUUCCCUCAAUUUCAGUAAAACUCGAGCUUUAGUGGGUGCUGCAGCUGCAAUUAGUAUUGGUGGUCUUUGUCUUUAUGGUUUAGCUGGCAAAGAUAGUUCACUCUCAGCUUUUGAUCGUUCAGUUGCUUGGCCGGAUUACGUUAAACAGCGUAUUCGAGCGACGUAUGGCUAUUUACUAGCCAGUGCUACAAUUGCAGCUGGUUCAACUAUCGCAUUGUUUCAGUCUCCUACUAUGUGUCGUUUGAUGCUAAGUGGUGGGUGGCUUGCUCCUAUUGGAAUGGCGGUAUUGAGUAUAGCUACAGGAGUUAUUUGUCAGUCACUUACAUAUCCACAAUCGGGUCUAAGUGUUAAGCAUUUAGCAUGGGUUGCAUAUUCUGUGAGUUUAGGCGGUAUCCUGAUGCCUAUAUGCUUAGUUGGCGGACCCAUUCUUAUUCAGGCUGCUUUGUAUACCGGAGGUAUAGUGGGUUCCUUGUCACUGGUUGCAGUGACAGCACCAUCAGACCGUUUCAUCAACUGGGGUGGUCCUUUGGCGAUUGGUUUAGGAGUUGUUUUUGUGUCAUCUGUCGGUUCCAUGUUUCUAUCUCCUGUAAGUCGUUUGGGAUCUGGUUUAGCGUCUAUCAGUCUUUACGGCGGCCUUCUUCUGUUUUCUGGAUUCCUACUUUACGAUACACAACAUGUGAUAAGACGGGCAGAAUCUCAUCCACCUCCGAAUUUCUAUUUACCAACUAACAAAGGAUUUCAGAAUCCAGAAGUAUUAAAACCAUUUGACCCCAUCAACAAUUCCAUUCGAAUUUUAUUGGAUGCUGUGAACAUAUUUGUUCGCAUAGCAGUAAUGUUAUCUGGUGGUGGCCAACGUAAGAAAUGAAGUUCAUUUACUAUCUUAUUCUCACCAAACAACGAACUACAUUUCUAUGUUUUAUGACAUUAAAAUUUAUUUGAUUUAUCAAGUGCUUGUGUUAAUCAUCAAAUCGAAUAAAUGUCAUUCGUGUUUUAGCGUUGAUUCAGAUUGGUGGCUUGUACAGAACUUAAGUUCCGGUAGGAAAGGAUAUGUUCCAAGCUCGUUUGUUGCGAGAAAAGGAUCAGUUGAAGCUGAAGAAUGGUUUAUGCCCAAGUUGUCACGUAAGGACUCCGAAAGACUACUACUACUGGAGGGCAAUGCGCAAGGCGUGUUUUUAGUACGUGAAAGUGAAACCAGCCAAGGUUCCCUAACAUUAUCUGUACGAGAUGAAGAACGUGGAUUAUCCGGUAUUAUGAAUACAGUGAAACAUUAUCGUAUCAAACAUCCAGAUUAUCGCUAUUAUUAUAUUACAACCAAGUGUAGUUUUUCUAGUCUUCAAGAAUUAAUACAAUUUUACUCAAUUGAUUCACAUGGUUUAUGUUGUAAACUUACAAGGGCAUGUCUAUGUCCACCACCAAUAACCUCAGAUUUAUCAGUUAAAACAAAAGAUCAUUGGGAAAUAUCUAAAUCUUCAAUUGUUUUGACUGAAAAACUUGGAGCUGGACAAUUUGGUGAAGUGUGGAAAGGUACAUGGAAUGGCACUACAGAAGUUGCUGUAAAAACUUUAAAACAAGGUACAAUGACUAGAGAGGAUUUUCUAAAAGAAGCUCGUAUUAUGCGUGCAGCUCAACACCCGAAAUUAGUUCGAUUAUAUGCUGUAUGCACAGAAGAUCCUAUUUAUAUUGUUACUGAAUUAAUGUGUAAUGGUAGUCUACUACAAUAUCUUCGUGAUGGACCUGGAAAAAAUUUACUGAUUAAUCAGUUGGUUGAUAUGAUGGCUCAGAUUGCUAAUGGAAUGGCUUAUUUGGAAAAAGAGCACUAUAUUCAUCGUGAUUUAGCCGCACGUAAUAUUUUAGUUGGAGAAAAUAAUUGUGUUAAAGUAGCUGAUUUUGGUUUAGCUCGUAUGGUGGAAGAUCACUACUCUACAUAUAUGGCUCAGAAAAGUACAAAAUUCCCAAUUAAAUGGACAGCACCAGAGGCUGCAUUAAUGGGUCGUUUUACAAUAAAAUCAGAUGUCUGGUCAUUUGGUAUUGUUAUUUAUGAAUUAAUUACACUAGGCCAAGUUCCUUAUCCAUCAAUGAAUAACACAGAGACAUUGCAUCAAGUUAGUACUGGUUAUCGUAUGCCACGUCCAGUGAAUUGUCCACAACCAAUAUAUGAUAUGUUAUUACGGAUAUGGGAUAGCUGUCCAGAAAAACGUCCUACAUUCUCAGUUCUAUUUGAAUUUUUGAAGAUUAUUUUGUCACAUCUGAUACUAAUUAUAAACAUGCUAAUUCAGCAUUAACUGGUUUUAGUGCUUCCAUCACAACUGUUAAUAAUAAUGAUAUUAGUCUACAUCAACCAGCCAAAUCAAUACCACUUGACACAACAAGUUCAUCUAGCACAACGUCGAUCAAUAUCGACGGUACUCAUUCCGCUAUAUCGAAAUGUUGUAGUGGACGUCUAUUAUCAAGAGAUAAAUUACUGCGCCAAAGUACUCAUUAAUUGAACAAGUAUUUGAUUGAAUUUAGUUUUUAGUUCUUGUUUGGUUGUGCAGUUUAUUUCCAUGUUAUUGAUUGAUGAAUUAUUGAAACUAUCUACCUGAAUGUAAUCAGAUUAUUAUUCUUUUUUUUUUGCUCAUCUUUACUUUAUUUUUAAAAAACAAAAGAAAAAUGGAAAUUUAUGUUUAAUGUUGUUCAAAUAAUUACCGGAUGAAUUAUUCCCCAUUUUAAUUUAUUUAAAUAUAGUUGUAUUAUUCAUUUAUAAUGCAUUUAAUAGAGAUGAUAAUAAGAACAAUUUCAUUUCACAUUAAUGAUGAUGAUUAUUAUUAUUGUCAAAAUCAAACAUUGAGGCAUUGAAAUGUGAAAUGUCUAUUUAAUUAUUGAAAUAUCUAUUGUGAUUGUGAUUAAUUUUGCAUUUUAUUUAAUUAACUAACAUACUCGAAGUAUUGCAUUUACAAAUAAUCUGUAUUGUAAAUAUAUCAAUACAACCAACCAACAAGCAUCGCCAUAACUCAGGGUGUUUUAAACAAAGCAUUUUUGUGUUUUUUUCUCUCUCCCAUUAAUGAUAGAUUAUUUUUUAUUAUCUCCACUUAUCUUUAAUGUAUUUCUCUUCUCAAUUGUAUUCCUUCAUUUACUUAAUUUCAUUCAUUUCUCCUAUUUAUGAUUUGUAAAUUUAUAUCAUAAUCUUAAUUCCUAUGGUGAUUGUGUUGUGUAUGUGGCUUUUCACCGACUUAUUAUGCAGUUCACUGAUUCAUUCCUUUUGUUUUAUUAAAAUUCUUCUGUUUUCUGAAAUGUAUUUCAAAUUAUAUAAUAAUAAUAAUAAGAAGAAGAAGGUGAAGAAGAACAUUAGCUCAUAAAUUUCACGUAGUUGUUUGUAUUCGUCAUGUGUUGCGGAUGACUUGUUCAAGCAUUCUUGACUCUAACUUAAUAUAUGGUGGGUUAUAUUUUUAACAUUGAGUUUAGUUUACUAAUUUACUUGAAUAAUGAAUGAUCCAAUCCAACUCAUUAAUUUACUUCUUUCCUACCCCUUCCCUCCAAAGAAUAAUUGUAUAUUUUCAAAAUCGAAAGCAUUUAUUGCUUCCUUUACACCUUUGUUAUUCUUUUAUUUUGGAUACAGGAAUAACUGCAAGUGUAUAUAUAUACACAUGUGUGUGAAAUUUUCCUCUUUAUCCUUUCGAAUCAACUAUAUUAUUAUUAUUACUGACUUAUCUGUCCAUCCUAGGCUAAUAAUUUUGUUCGUAACGAUUCCAAAUUAUUAUAACUUGUCUAUGUUUAAUGGUUUUAUUGUGAUAAUUGUUUUUUGCUUUGCUGUUAUAAGUAAGAUACGUGUAAUCAAUUAGUCGGUUUGUAAGAAUGAAUUUCCCGAUACGAUAUGUAUGUGUGGUUUUGAUAUCAGUUUAAUAAAUCUCUGUCUGUAUGACAUUCAUUUGAACAAUGUCUUGUUUAGUUUUCAUUAGUAAACCGGUUAUCAGCGCUCUGCUUUGUGACCAUAACUUGUUAAGUU